AUAGCUUAUUCCGAUAAGCAAUCGCUAAUGUCUUAACUUAGUCUGUGAUUUAGAUUUUAGUGGAAAAAAUUAAAAUGAUCAGAAAUCAAAAUACAUAAUAUGGAUUACAACAAGAAAAUUACUAUUCCUUAAUAUAAUAUAUGUAAUCGAAAGAGUACACCGUUUAAAAUUUGAUGCGCAACUAAGACGAUAACAUAUAUUUCAAAUUAUAAAAUACCCAAUUUUGAAAUUGCAAUACCUACUACUGUUUGCUAGAAAAGUUUUAUUUUUAAAAUCAUCUGACUAAUAUGACCAACGCUACUAUCCAGGAAAUAGAGGGCAUUGAUGACUAUUGGGGUCCAGCAUUCAGAUCGGUGUAUGAGGGAGAAGGUGGUCAUGAUGCUUUUCUCCAACAGCUGGAUGAGAGAAUUAAGCAGCAUGAUAAAGAAAUUGAAAAGCUUUGUAACUUCUACUAUCAAGGUUUCAUAGAGUCCAUCCGUGAGCUGCUGGAAGUUAGAUCUCAUGCUGAAGAGCUUCAUGCAGAGAUAUCUAAUGUUGAUGCAAAUGUUAAGGAGACUACUGAUGGAUUGUGUGUGAGAUCUGAGGAACUGAUAAGAGCUAGGCGUGUUGAGUUAAAUAUAGCAUCUACCAUUGAAAAGAUGGAGCUGUGUCUACCUUUACUUACCACUUAUUCAAAACUCAAGUCGCAAGUUGAAGCUAAAAGAUAUUACCCAGCACUCAAAACCCUUGAACAACUUGAGCAUGUGUUGUUGCCGCGUGUAGGGCCAUAUGCGUGGUGUUCACACAUAUCUUCAGAUAUACCCAAACUUCGACAAGCCAUACAAGAUGCUUCUAUGGCUGAUCUUAGGGAUUUCCUUGAAAACAUUCGAAGACUUAGCCCCCAGGUUGGGGCAGUGGCUUUAAAGCAAACUCAAGAAAUGCUGGGACGAAGUUUGGAAAAUAUUAUAAAAAAUAAGAAAGAUAUGGCAACACUGGGUCCAUCAAGUGUAGAGACUAAUACUCCCCAGAGUCCACACGAAUUGGUAGAUUUCAGUCCACUAUACCGAUGUCUACAUAUUCAUACAGUGCUGGGUGCUAAGCACGACUUCGUUCAAUACUAUCGGUCUCAACGUAGGCAGCAAGCUCGUCUGGUAGUGAUUCCAGCAGCUGGAAACCUUCAUGACUCUAUACAGAGUAUGAAGAGUUACCUUAAUGCUGUACUUGGUUUCUUUAUUCUAGAAGAACAUCUUCUUACUACAGGCGCUGGUCUGGUAUCCUCUGAUUGGUUGGGAGAAACGUGGGGUUCCGCUCGUUCAACGGCAGCGGGCACGUUGCGUACGCACACCGCGCUCGUCACGGACCCGACUUUGAUGCUCAGUAUCAAACAUCAGAUUGUGCUGUUUAUUAAUGCUCUCAAAUGCUACGGAUUACCGACGGAGCCACUCCCGCAUUUGUUGCAAGAGAUGGCAGAGCAUUACACCGAAGUGCUGAUGCAGCGAUGGGUUGCCGUCUUCCGCGAUAUACUGGAUAACGCCACAUUCCGACCUAUUGAGGUGGAAAAUCAAGAACAAUACGAUGCAGUUAUGGACACAUUUCCGUAUGAUGGAGAUGAGUUAGAGACACAGGCUUUUCCCAGAAAAUUCCCAUUCUCCUCAGUGGUGCCCGCAGUGUACGUUCAAGUGAAGGAAUUCAUGUACGCAUGGCUGAAGUACUCUUCCGGACUGGGCUUGGGCGGCGGAGGGCGGGCGGCAGCUGCUCGUCAUUCCACCUCCCUGCUACUCACGAGAUCCUUCACUGGCUGUCUUUCUGCUCUAUUCCGAAGAGCGUUACCUCUAACACAACUGGUUCAGAUAAUAUUGGACACCCAGUACCUAGAGAGCGCUACGCCCUACCUGUACGAGUUUAUUAGUAAUAUUACUGGUUCAGAACUGGUAACUACACAGCCCGCUGGUAGUAUGUUUCAAACCGCUCGAGACGAUGCAGAAAAGCAGAUAUGCGAAAACUUGCAACAUAAGGUGGAUGAGUUCCUUGACCUUGAGAACUAUGACUGGCUUUUAGUGGAGCCAAGCGGACAAGCGUCAUCUUUCGUGACAGAUAUGUUGGGAUACCUCACUGGCGUGCUGACGUCACUAGAGCAAUUACCACGGCGUGCGCGUGAGGCGGCAGUAACGGCAGCAGUUCAGCGCAUAGCGUGUCGGCUGCGUGCUUUAUUACUAGAAGGCGACGUGCGGGCAGUGUCUGCGGGCGCCCUUCACCAGCUUGAUCUUGACGUCAUCCAAUGCGAGCAGUUCGCUGCGAGUGACCCUUUACCAGGUCUACGAGAUCAGCUUUUGGAGCAUUUCGCUAGUCUACGGCAACUAUUGGAUCUGAUAACAAGUUGGGAUUGGUCUUCCUACCUCCACGACAUCGGUAUGGAGGGAGCCAAAUACGCCCUAGUGUCGCCACGUGAAGCGGCAACAUUACUCGAGAAGUUAAGAGAAGCCGAGCAAAAGUCAUCUGUCUUCUCUGUUCUUAAGAAGAAUGAAAGAGAUAGAAGGAAACUGCUCGACACGGUCCUCAAACAAUUGAAGCAACUGCAGAAUCAAGAUGGCUAGAUUUGACAUAACUGAUCACGGAAUAGAUAAAGGGGCACCGCAAGCGUGAGGCAUGAAUAACGCGUAUCAUACUUUAGGGAUGGAAGUAUUAGGUGGCUGACUAUAGUUAUGGCAUGAAUAUUUUGGGUGUGGAUUAUAUUCAAAUGGUACUAUAAAAAUCUUAUCGAAAAUUUUUAUGACUUCUAUAAUCGUAGUAUGGCUCACAAAGGCAACUAAAUAUUGAAGUAUCAAAUCAUACUCGGUCAAAAAAAUUUUGGGCGUGUUAGGGAAAUAUUUCAUGACACCGACACAAAAAACUGAUACCCUGAAGUUAGCUAAAGUCAACAUUUUAGAUUUUCUGUAAUAUUUAAAUAAACAUUAUUUAACUGGAUAAUGCGUUAUAAUAAAACUUUUAACGUAUUAAAUGCCUUUUUUCUAUUGUUAGUGUUGUUUUUCCCACAACCGUAGAAUAUUUUUUUGUAAAGAUUUUUACAUAAGUACCCACACGUUAUUAUUAUUUCUAUGUUAAACUUUUUAGCCCACGUUUUACGAAUACAUAUUCCGUGAUCAGUUUUAAGUAA